AUGAAGGCGUUACCAUUUGAAAAUUUAUUACAUUUUUUCACUGGCUAUGUAACAAUUGAUUCAAUUGCGUGUGAUCCAGGUAUAGAGGGACUUCACUUCAUAGCCAAAGGCCUAACAUUCCGUAACACGGCUGGUCCGGCCAAAGGCCAGGCCGUGGCACUCCGGUCAUCCUCAGACCUCUCAAUCUUCUAUAAAUGCUCUAUUGAAGGAUACCAAGACACACUGAUGGUUCAUUCCCAACGCCAAUUUUACCGUGGCUGCUACAUUUAUGGAACCGUAGAUUUCAUAUUUGGAAACGCAGCUGUAGUUUUCCAAAACUGUCUCAUCCUCCCUCGCCGCCCGCUCAAGGGUCAAGCCAAUGUAAUAACCGCACAAGGUCGUGCUGAUCCAUUUCAGAACACAGGGAUCUCAAUACAUAACUCAAGAAUCCAACCCGCUCCUGAUCUAAAACCGGUGAUCCGUACUGUUAAGACGUACAUGGGCCGGCCUUGGAUGAAGUACUCUCGCACCGUGGUUCUUAAGACGCAUUUGGAUAGUGCUGUGAGUCCAUUGGGUUGGUCACCGUGGACUGAAGGUUCGGUUUUCGGUUUAGACACGCUGUUUUAUGCUGAAUAUAAGAAUACCGGACCAGGUUCGUCCACUAAGUGGCGUGUUCGUUGGAAAGGGUUUCAUGUGUUGAAUAGAGAUUCUGAUGCAUCUGCUUUCACUGUUGGAAGAUUCAUCGCAGGUACCGUAUGGCUGCCACAGACAGGCGUACCCUUCACUUCCGGGCUCUAAGGCCGGCCAUUGUUUUGUUUUUUUUUUUGUGCUUAAAUUAAAAUUAUAUAAAUUUUUUGACUCCGAAUAUAAUUUCAUUAUGCUUAUUAUGAAUAAAGUUUUAACUGUGGAGGGAAAAACGGGUACAUAGUAAAGAAAAAAAAUACGAAUCAAAAGUAUAUACUCAUACCGAACAGGACGAGACUUUUGUUUUGUCCAUCUCUACUUUUAAGCAUUGCUUAAUAAUUGUAGAAAUAAUGUAGAAGACACAAACUACAAUGCUUUAGACACAAAGCAAGCCAAUCUGAAGUUAUUUCGGAUAAUGAGAAGUACAUAAACAAACAAUCAAUGAAAUCAAAGAAGAAGAAAAAAGAAGCCCAACAGUUUGUAUCAUACAAUUUCACCAAUGAGAGAUCA